UGUAGAUAUUUGUUUAGGUGAAAAAUAUUUGAACGAAAUUAAUUGUUAUGAGAUUGAUCAAGAGUAUAUAUAUUAUUUAUAUAAUCUUUAUUACAAAGAAUUUAGUGAUUUUUUUAAUUUAACAAGAUGGAAAAAGAAAAUCAAUAUUGAUUUAAUUGAUUAUUAUUUUGAUAUCGCUAUAUCUGGUAAUAUAAAAGUAAACAAUAUUCCUAUUGAUGGAUAUUAUAAACAGCAAUUUUAUGAAAAAUAUUUAUAA